UCAGUGCGAAUUCAAAUGCGCAGGUGAGCGAACGUUGCGCGAGUCGGUCAGUCCAAUUGGGCGAUCGCUUCAAGCCCACAUUGCGUAUACGCAGCGUGAGCCGUGACCUUAAAGCGACUCAAAAGACCGAUAAAUAGCGAACAAUCGCAAUAAAGUGACGAAAAAGUAUCAGAAGUCAGGCUAAAAAGCGCAACAGUUGACGCCAACACAAACAGAAAGAUACGAGUACGUGUUUCAACGCCAAAAAAAAAAAAGGUUAAAACAAACACAUUGAGUAUACGGCAUAAGAUAAACAUUAUAUACACUUGGUGCUGACAAAAACCAAAAGUAAAUAGCUGGGCGUAAACAAUUAAUUCAACUGGAGCGGCGUGGAGCACUGAGAACCCAAACUCGCUCGGCGACAAUGUCGCAGUGAGAACUCCAAGACAGAGAGAGAGAGAGAGAAAGCGAUUCCCAGAAGGUGAGCCCCAACCCAUUGAUAAGGCUUAUCGCAAGACCACCCCCACGAAAAAUGGCGGACGACGAUCUCAGUCCGCUGCCCUUCCGCCGGGAGCGCAAUCUCAGCAACCGCAACUUCAACAAGCGCAACUCGCGCCGCCGGAUCAGCCACCAGGCGGCGGAGCAGGAGCGGCAUAGCAGCACGCUCGUCAGUAGCAAUCUGGAGUGCCACGACGUCGCACGGCCCGCCAGUUGCGCCAGUUCCGUGAGCAGCAGCUCCAGCUUGAUUCAGCUCUCGUACUCCGUGAAUUCCGAUACGCAAAGUGCCUUCCGUCGCCGCUCGCUGCUCAAGAUGCACGAGGCGGAGAACGCUGGUGGCUUGGGCAUGUCGUCCACACCGGAGUCUCCCAUGUCGCCCCAAAGCCCAGAUCCCGCCCUGCUGGAUGUGCGACAGAAGGUGCACCGCUUCGAAGCGUUCAAGACAAACAUUUGCUUCACGAAGCAGGAGCGGCACAGUCUCAAAUUGCUGGAGAACCGUCGUCAUCCAUCGUUCGAGGAUCAAUCAGGGGAUCAUCACACGCCACCAGCCACGCCCCCGCGUCGCAUACGCCUCCCGGGGCUGGGCAGCACACGCAGCAGUCGCAGCAGCAGCAGCAUACCCAGUAUCCAAGGUGGCAUCCAUGAGGUGCGCUCCGAGGACGAGGUGGAUCAGAUAUCCGACUUUGAAACGGAUACCCAUGCCGCCGCUGAGGAAUACUCAAUUGUGGAUACCGUUUCGGAGGUCGUACCCAGUGCGGAGGUGGACGAUUCAAAGGUCAACCAGCAGCAGGUGCAGCGAUCCAUUAGCGCAGAUCAGUCCAAGGAAGCGCCCACAUUGCCGCUAAAAAUGCGCAACGAUUUCCCCAGAAACUAUCGUUCUACGCCGAGGCGAAAGACUGAAAUCAUUGGGACCACCAACGAGCAUGUGGUGGGCAAGUUUCACUCGGUCUACCAACCUAGAGAUGAGGAGGAGGAGGUUGAGAUCGAGCUGCGCGAUAAGAGCGACAAGUGCGUGCAUCCCAUUCUGGAGGAGCUGAUCAAGACGGAGGAGGCCUACGUGAACAACCUGUACACGGGCAUCGAGAACUACGGCAACAUCUUCCAGCGCAAGGAUCUUCCCCUGGGACUCCGGGGUAAGAAGUACGAUCUGUUUGGAAACAUCGAGCAGAUCGCCGAGUUCCAUCGCGAUGAGUUCCUACCCAUGCUGCAGCGCAACAGACGCGAUCUGAAGCGUUUGUUCGACGAGUUCCUGCACUUUCUAGAUCAUAACUGCUUUUAUGGAUAUGUCAUCUUCACCAUGAACAAGCAAAAAUCCCUCAAGCUGUGCGAUCUCUACAAGAACUACUUCACUAGUAUCCGCCUGGAACGCGAUGACAAGUUGGGCAUAAAUAGUUUCCUGGUUCAGCCCAUUCAGCGCAUGGCACGCUAUCCUUUGCUGCUCACGCAGUUCAUUAAUACCUUCUUCAAGAACCGUGACAUAGUGAUGAAGCCACUGAUCGAGUCCUGUUGUCGCCUGGAGAAGCGCCUGCGUUCCCUGCUGACAACCACCAAUGAAUCGGAGAUCAUCAACGACAUUGUGGAUUGCCAUGAGUUCAACGUCUACUAUCAGGGCAAAUUCCGGAAGGUGAACGAGUUCCAGGUGCUCGAUCUCAAGCUGAAGCGCAGCUAUCGCUCCAAGGUCUUCAUAUUCGACAAGUGCAUCAUCUACACGGAGAUCAAGGGCAAGAACCUGCUCUUCCACGGUCGUUAUCCCUGCGAGCACAUCGGCAUCUCGGCCAAGACCAAAUCCUUUACGCUCUACUACGAGCGCAGGAAGCAGCAGGAAUGCGAAUUCUCCGCGGAUCCCAUACAGAUUGCUGCCUGGCUGGACCUGAUCCGCGAUAUGAUCAAUAACUAUGCCAACGAGGAGCGCCAGAAGCUGCAGGAGCGCUACUCCCGCGAGAAUGACCACCUGCAUCGCAAGGCACCCAGUUUCUCGCUGUACCGCGACUCCAAUCGCUUUAGCUCGGAUAGUGGCAUCGGUAACAUCUGGUCAAUGCCAAAGCCCGACGAGGAGACGACCAGCAACAGGACCACUUGGUAUGGCGCCUUGUAGUGGAGUGGAACCAACAUCACGCAUGCAGAGCAUCUGUGCCCGGUUACCGGAAAUCGGGAGUUCCGGAUCGAUCCCAUCCUCAUAAGGAACCCAAUCCCAUUCCAACUGCAGCUGCCUGGGGCGGCCAAUUGUCGAGGGCCACUGAGCCAAGUCAAUAUUCGAAAUUGUUUCAAAUUCCUGCUCAUUGUCUUUGGCACAUGGAGUCGAAAGUCUUUCGAUUUGAAUGCUAAGUAACCAAAUAUUGAACUAUAAGUGUAGCUGGUUAAUUCAGUUGUAUAUAUUCCUGUAUUAUUGUUGUCAAAAAGCGCAAUUCGUUGAACGUUUUCUUGUGCCUAGCUUGAUAAGCUAUUUUUGUUAUUCGUAGUUUUGGACUAAUUAAUAAAAGGUUAAAUAAAAUGGAGAGAUAAAUAAAUCGAGAAUAAUUAUAAAA